UGGAGGACUUGGGUCAGCUCUGCUAAGGGGGUGUCUGCCCAGCACUUCCUGGAUCCACAGCCCCCCGGGGUUGGGCAGGGGGUCUGGGCAGGGCUGCAGCAGCUACAGCCAAGGCUUGGGAAGGCCCUCGUGGGCUGGGAGGAGCUACCGAGGCCCCUGCCAGCCUGUCACAGGCUCUCAGUGCUGACAUUGGCUCUGGCUUUCACACACACACACACUCACACUCACACUCACACUCACACACUAGCAGGCACCCCCUUGGUGGCCUCCACGGUCUCACCUUCAGCCUCCGGAACAUAAAGACUUACAGGUCCUGCCUCCCAGGCUCAAAGCGGGCUCCGUGGGGGACACAGUGACAUGAGAGGCCCACCACAGACCCGCCUCCUGGCCUUCUCCUUCCUCUGCCUCCUCUCAAAGGUGUGUGCCCAGCUGUGCCCAACACCGUGUACCUGCCCCUGGCCGCCACCCCGAUGCCCACCGGGGGUGCCCCUGGUGCUGGACGGCUGCAACUGCUGCCGGGUAUGUGCACGGCGGCUCGGGGAGCCCUGCGACCACCUCCACGUCUGUGACUCCAGCCAGGGCCUGGUGUGCCAGCUCGGGGCGGGCCCUGGAGGCCAGGGGGCCGUGUGCCUCUGGGGAGAGGAUGACGGGGGCUGUGAGGUGAACGGCCGCCGGUUCCGGGAUGGGGAGACCUUCCAGCCGCACUGCAGGAUCCUCUGCCGCUGCGAGGACGGCGGCUUCACCUGCGUGCCCCUGUGCAGCGAGGAUGUCCGGCUGCCCAGCUGGGACUGCCCGCACCCCCGGAGGGUGGAGGUCCCGGGCCAGUGCUGCCCUGAGUGGGUGUGCGACCAGGCAGGGGCGCUGGGGGGCCAGCCCUUCCUAGCCCCAGGACUCCAGGCUUCUGGCCUUGUCGCUCCCCCGCCGCCGGGGGUCCCCUGCCCAGAGUGGAGCACAGCCUGGGGCCCCUGCUCCACCACCUGCGGGCUCGGCGUGACCACCCGGGUGUCCAACCAGAACCGCUUCUGUAGACUGGAGACCCAGCGCCGCCUUUGCCUGUCUGGGCCCUGCCCACCCGCCAGGGGCCACAGCCCCCUACUCAGUGCCUUUUAGAGCCGGGCAGUUUCGGCUACAGGCAACCAUCCAGCUCGGGUGCUCCAUCUGGGCCCUGGAGGACAAGAAUGGGCACAGCAGCCUGGGCCCUCUGGACCCCGAGAUAGAUCGGGGAUGCAUGCCGUAGUCCUGUUCCCUCUAACUCCCAGCCUGGGGGAGGGGGGAGUGGCUGACCAGUUUCUAGGGUCUUCUGGUCCAUUCCCAGCCUGCACACAGCCUUUAUCCAAGAUGCACGUGGGCUAGCUUGUCAGGAGACGGGGCGACCAUCUCUGCUUAACCAUUAGGCUCAGGCAGGUACUGGGCUGCACUGGCCAUUCUCCUGGGGUGCGGUGACGAGGGGCACAGAUCUCCUGAGUCUCCUGCAUCCUCUCCUGUGGGGAUGCAAACACCUCCCUGACCCUGGGCCUGUGCAGGAAGCUGGGUGCCGGGCGCUGUCAGAAAGCCUUCCGCAUCCCGGGCAGAAUUCAGGGGCCGAACGCUUUGUGAAAAUCGCAAGAUGAAAUCAUUUCUUAAAGAAGGUCAGAGAACAGGCCUUCAAGCGCUCCAUUACUCAGCUUGCAUCGGUGAGCAUCACCCCGCACUGAGCGCCUGCAGCGGCACUGAGCUAGGCACUUCGCAUAGAACCGCGCUUUGCAAUAUGUUGGACUCGAGCAAAGCAGGGGAGAGUGUCCUCCGGGGCCUGGGGAACAUGGUCUGAAAUAAACCA